AUGCAGCAACAAGAUGGCGCCCACAAUGCCCCCAGCGGCCCUCGCCUCCAGUCGAGCUUCCACAGGCAGAUGAACGGCGGUCACCAUGGCUUCUCCCACGGUGCCUUUGCUACGAACCAGCCCGGCUACGGCGACAGGCACCCGGAGAGGGCGAACAACAUGUCCAUCAACACCGGCAGGCUCAACCCUGGCAACCAAAAUGGCAAUGAUUUGCAGACCCCCGGCACCGGCUUCGACAUGAACUUCACUCCCCUCCUGCCUUCGCAGUUGCUCCUCGGCAGCCCCUUCCAGCCUGGUUCCCCUUCCGCUUUCGCCUCCCCGCAGUUCCAGAACUUUGCUCAGUUCGCUGGUCAGAACCAAUCGCAGCAGCAGAACCACCAGUCUAACCAUGUUGGAAGCCCCCUGCAACAGCCGCUUUCGCCGCAACUGUACCAGAACAUGGUAUCCCCAACAAGCGGCUUUUUUGGAGGUCCGCAGUCGCCUACUGGGUUCUCUGCUUACGGCGGACAAGGUCUCGGUGGGCUCGGCUCCUCCAUGCCGAUCGCCCCCGGACUUGUCUCCGGUACGAGCAGGACUGUAUACUUGGGCAACAUUCCCCCUGAGACCUCAGCAGAGGAGAUCCUCGGCCACGUAAGAAGUGGUCAGAUCGAAUCUGUCAGGCUCCUGCCCGAUAAGAACUGCGCGUUCAUCUCCUUCUUGGACAGCAGCUCUGCUACCCACUUCCACUCUGACGCAAUCUUGAAAAAGUUGUCGAUCAGGGGUCAGGACAUCAAGAUCGGGUGGGGAAAACCGUCUCAGGUGCCCACGUCAGUGGCCUUGGCGGUACAACAGUCGGGCGCGUCCCGCAACGUCUACCUUGGUAACUUGUCUGAGGAUGUUUCAGAAGAAGAGCUCCGCGAGGACCUUAGCAAAUUCGGUCCUAUCGACACUGUCAAGAUUGUCCGUGAAAAGGCCAUCGGCUUUGUCCACUUCUUGUCGAUUGGCAAUGCCAUCAAGGCUGUUUCUCAACUCCCCCAGGAGGCCAAAUGGCAAGCGCCUAGGCGUGUGUACUACGGCAAGGACCGUUGCGCAUACGUUUCCAAGACUCAGCAACAGAACGCUGCACAGUAUCUGGGUAUCGCUCCUGGAUACGCACAUGUGCUGAACGGCGCAGACCGUGACAUGAUUUCCAAUGCUCUCGCCCAGCAAUCUGUCGCUGCUGCCGCUGUCGCAACCUCGGCCGGUGGUGUGAACAACCUGGGUAACCGAACCGUCUACCUAGGCAACAUUCACCCAGAAACCACCAUUGAGGAGAUUUGCAAUGUUGUACGUGGUGGUCUUCUUCACCACAUCAGGUACAUUCCUGACAAGCACAUCUGCUUCGUCACCUUCAUCGACCCGACAUCAGCUGCCUCGUUCUAUGCUCUCAGCAACCUUCAAGGUUUGAUGAUCCAUAACCGCCGCUUGAAGAUUGGUUGGGGCAAGCACUCUGGCGCUCUCCCCCCUGCGAUUGCCCUUGCCGUUAGUGGCGGUGCUUCUCGUAACGUUUACAUUGGUAACCUGGACGAAACCUGGACAGAGGACCGUCUGAGGCAAGACUUCUCCGAGUACGGUGAGAUCGAGCUGGUCAACACCCUGCGUGAGAAGAGCUGUGCGUUUGUCAACUUUACCAACAUUGCCAACGCUAUCAAGGCGAUUGAGGCUAUCCGCGGACGUGAUGAGUACAAGCGCUUCAAGGUCAACUUUGGCAAGGACCGAUGCGGUAACCCACCUCGUCAGAUGAACAACCAGCAGGCCCAGGGUCAGCAAGCUGGCAGCGAUGGUCUCCAGUCACCUUCGCCCAUCAACGGACUCCACCCUAACAACCGCGGUGGUGCUUCGGUCUCUCCGACUGGUUCCGGUGCCCCGGGUUCUGGCCAAAGCACCAAUGGCCAGUUCCCUUCUGUACAAGCACCAGCUUCGGGCAAUAUCAUGAAUUCUGGCAACAACAACCCGUUGAUGAUGUACCUUCAGGCUCAGCAACAACAGCAGCAACAGCAACAGGUCGAGGCUAGCAUGCAGCAGCAACAGCAGCAGCAGCAGCAGCAGCAAAAUCAGCAACAACAGCAACAAUCCUUCCAGUCGCCGCAAGCUGCGUUCUACGGAGCCGACUUGAACACUCCUCAGCCACACCACUCCCACAGCUCGCACCAAAGCACUUCCAGCUUUAGCCUCAUCAAUGGCACCUCAUCUAGCGGUACUGGCGCGACAACUGUUGGUGGCCUCCUUGCGCCAUCCAACCUCACAUCCCGUGGCCAGCACUCUCGUGCCGUGAGUCUUCCCGCUUUCACACAGGGACCUUUCAACCAUUCCAUGCAACAGUCCCAAGCACCAGGACAAGGCUCUUUCGGUAGCCUUAGCUCUGGUAUUGGUGGCUUUGGUAGUGGUAACGGCGGCUAUGGUCUCGCUAUCCAGGGCGACGGCGGUCUGCCUGGAUGGGCGGAAGAGGAGGUUGGCGCGCAGUAAAUGCUCUUGCUCAUGUUGCGUAUCUCUUUCAAUUGUGCGAUACUUACCCAUCUACCACAUUUGUUGGUUACUGCUAUCUUCAUUCUUUUUUUCUCGUUCUUUUGCAUUUAUUCCAGAUCUAGGGUAGGGAAAGAGGGGCGCUCUCUUGAACCUAAAUGUUGUAAUUUGAAUGUGCGCAACUGAUUUUUUUGGCCUUAAUACUUUUUUUUGGUUGUUCUUGACCUUCAACUCACCUUCGCUUUAUUCUUCUUUUUGAUGGGUUUGAAAUCUGUGUUUUUUUCGUAGUUUAGAUACCUUGUGAGGAACUACUACCUAGGGACUUGGGUGGAGGAAGGGAAGGAGGGGGGGUUUCUAAGACUAGAAGGUUAGUCAUGUGUGGUUAGGGGGUGGGGCGCCCUGGGCAAUGGAGUUAGCCUGGGCAUGUAUUUCAAUCGAACUGUAAAAUC